AUGCAUACUCUGUACCUCUACAUCAUCCUCGCUCUCUUCUGGACCACAACCACAGAAGCCACCCACCGAACACCCCUCCAGGUGACCUUUCUGCCACCCACGACCAACAACACCCCCAUAAUCGUCGACACCUUCACCCACCCCGACAAAAACAACCUCGGAUCCUGGCACGGCGCCCUCGAAGACCUCCCCGUCGCCCGAGGACGGAACUAUAUUGAGUUGAACGCCUCAGACGCCGACCAAACCUACCACAGCCAACUAUCCUCAACAACAUGCUUCGACCUAACUCCAUACACCACCUGGACCCUACAUAUCGUCUACUCCGGUCCACCAACCUUCAGCAUCUCCAUGCACCAAAACAAUCCCUCCUGCAACCCAUCGUUAAACCCCUAUCCCGAAACCAGUGACAGCGUCGAGGCCUCCCGCUACACUGCCAAACCUCAUUGGCACCACCGAAAACCAAAGAAGCAAAAGAAACAAGACCUCUACAUCCCCCUCUCCCACUUCACCAUCGACCACUCGCGCGUCCUCUCCAUCUCCCUUGGAAAUUUCUAUCCACCAUACACGCGCCCAGUAAAAGUGUACAAGAUCGAGUUGAUCCCGACUCUCCCACGCGGUGUCAAAGUUCCAAAGAAACAACCGACCGGGGAGCUGAGACUCCGGUGCACGAGACCUGGUUCGUUUGCUUUCGGUAUCGAUGAUGGCAUACCCAGCCUUGCGGACGAGGUGAGGGAGAUAUUGGAGAGUGAAGGGGUGCUGGUUACGUUUUUCGUUGUGGGGGGACCACUGAGGGAUAAUAAGACAGGGUUUGCGGAGUUUUACAAGAAGAUGAUGGAAGAUGGACAUCAGAUUGCGUUACAUUCAGAUGGGCAUUCCAAGAUGGAAGGAAUGGAGUCGACCAAAGCUAUUGAUGACGAUAUUUUCCGCAACAUCGCUACGUUUAAGUCUUUGCUUGGGGUAGAGUCCAGUUACUUCCGCCCUCCAUACGGUACAAUUGGCUCCCGCACGCGCGAAGUCCUAGCCAAACGUAUCAAAAACCCACAAAUCAUCAACUGGAGCGUCGACAUUGAGGACUGGAUGUGGGCAGACUCCGACACGCCCGAACGCCAGCUGAAGGCGUUCUACCGCGAUGUCGAGCGCGGCGGCAAUCUGGCAGUGCUACAUUAUCUAAGUAAUUCGACCGUGGGGUAUUUCCGGGAGAUUAUUCGGUUUGUCAAAGGCAAGGGAUUGAAGAUCAUGCGUAUUGAUCAAUGCCUGGAGGACCCGGGGGCUCCUGAGCUUUUGUAG